CGGAGAUUAUUUUUUAAAAUUCCAACCGCCGGGCUUGGCGGGGAAGGAGGGGACCGCGUUUGUUUUCACCGGUAAGGAGCGAUUGUGCAGCUUGGAGAAAUUCGGCCCCGGGGUCUCGCACGGAAAGGAAAGGUCCUAAGCAUGAAACGCAGUUCGGUUUCCACCGGUGGUGCUGGCCGCCUCUCUAUGCAGGAGUUAAGAUCCCAGGACCUCAAUAAACAAGGCCUUCACACCCCUCAAACUAAAGAGAGACCAACCUUGGGAAAGUUGAGCAUAAGCAGACCUCCAUCUGAAAGAAAAGUCUCAGUAUUUGGUAAAAGAACUAGCGGGCCCGGAUCCCGGAAUAGUCAGUUUGGUGUCUUUUCCAAUUCUGAAAAGAUCAAGGACCCGAGACCACUGAACGACAAAGCAUUCAUUCAGCAGUGUAUUCGACAGCUCUGCGAGUUCCUUACAGAAAAUGGCUAUGCGUACAGUGUGUCCAUGAAGUCUCUGCAAGCGCCCUCCAUUAAAGACUUCCUGAAGAUCUUCACUUUUCUCUAUGGCUUCCUGUGCCCUUCCUACGAACUUCCGGACACAAAAUUUGAAGAAGAGCUUCCGAGAAUUUUCAAAGAUCUCGGGUACCCCUUUGCGCUGUCCAAGAGCUCCUUGUACACAGUGGGCGCCCCGCACACCUGGCCGCACAUUGUGGCAGCCCUGGUUUGGCUGAUAGACUGCAUCAAGAUACACACCGCCAUGAAGGAAAGCUCACCCCUAUUUGACGAUGGGCAGCCGUGGGGAGAAGAAACUGAAGACGGGAUCGUGCACAACAAGUUGUUUCUGGACUACACCAUCAAAUGCUACGAGAGUUUCAUGAGCGGGGCUGACAGCUUCGAGGACAUGAACGCCGAGCUGCAGUCGAAGCUGAAGGACUUAUACAAUGUAGACGCUGCCAAGCUGGAAUCACUGGCAGCAAAAAACAAAGCAUUAAAUGAACAGAUUGCAAGACUGGAACAAGAAAGAGAAAAAGAGCCGAAUCGUCUAGAAUCAUUGAGGAAGCUGAAGACAUCCCUACAAGCAGAUGUUCAAAAGUACCAGUCAUACAUGAGCAAUUUGGAGUCGCAUUCAGCCAUCCUAGACCAGAAAUUGAAUGGCCUUGAUGAAGAAAUUGCUAGACUGGAGCUGGAAUGUGAAGCCAUCAAACAGGAGAAUGCUCGACUGCAGCAUAUCGUUGAUAACCAGAAGUACUCAGUGGCCGACAUUGAGAGGAUCAAUCACGAGAAGAGCGAGCUGCAGCAGACCAUCAACAAGCUGACCAAGGAGCUGGAGGUGGAGCAGCAGCAGCUGUGGGACGAGGAGCUCAAGUAUGCCCGAGGCAAAGAGGCCAUUGAAGCACAGCUAGCGGAGUACCACAAGUUGGCUAGGAAGCUGAAACUCAUCCCCAAGGGUGCCGAGAACUCCAAAGGCUAUGACUUUGAAAUCAAGUUUAAUCCUGAAGCUGGUGCCAACUGCCUUGUCAAGUACAGGGCUCAAGUUUAUGUACCUCUCAAAGAACUCCUGAAUGAAAAUGAAGAAGAAAUUAAUAAGGCUCUAAAUAAAAAAAUGGGAUUGGAAGAUACUUUAGAACAAUUGAACACAAUGAAAACAGAAAGCAAGAGAAGCGUGCGCACUCUGAAGGAGGAGGUUCAGAGGCUGGACGAGCUUUACCAACAGAAGGUUAAGGAAGCCGAGGAGGAGGACGAGAAGUGCGCCAGUGAGCUGGAGUCCUUGGAGAAGCACAAGCACCUGCUGGAGAGCGCCGUCAACGAGGGCCUGCGGGACGCCACGAGCGCGCUGGACGCCGCCCAGCGGGAGUACCAACUAGCUGUACAGAGCACAAGUGAAGAAAGACGGAAGGUGGGGAAUAACUUGCAGCGUCUUUUGGAAAUGGUCGCCACUCACGUGGAGUCGGUGGAGAAACACCUUGAGAUGCAGCUCGCCAAAGCUGACAGAGAGUAUGAAGACUGCGUGGCCGAGGAUCUCCUGGAAAGUAUCAGCAGGAUGGCAGAGAAGUACAAGAGAAACGCCGCUCUCCUGAGGGCCCCGCCCGAGUGAGCGCAGCGGCUGUUGCUUGUCUCUUUCCUACCCUCACUCCCUAGCUCAAAAUGUGUAUGAUGUGAAGUUAUAGUAACUUGGAUUUUUCUAGAUGUAAAAGGCCAGAUGUAUAUAAAAAUAUAUAUGUAUAUAUAGUUAAUAAAAUUGAGUUAGUAAAGUG